AUGGCUCAGAGCGGAAAUCAGAUGGAUUCAGGAAAACUCUCCUGUUCCAUCUGUUUGGAUCUACUGAAGGAUCCGGUGACUAUUCCCUGUGGACACAGUUACUGCAUGAACUGUAUUAAAUGCCACUGGGAUGGAGAUCAGAGGAUGAUCCACAGCUGCCCUCAGUGCAGGAAAGAGUUCAUACCGAGGCCUGAACUGGUGAAAAACAUCAUGUUAGCUGCUUUAGUGGAGGAUCUGAAGAAGACUGGACUCCAAGCUGCUCCAGCUGAUCACUGCUAUGCUGGACCUGAAGAUGUGGCCUGUGAUGUCUGUACUGGGAGGAAGAUGAAAGCUCUCAAGUCCUGUAUGGUCUGUUUGAUUUCUUGUUGUGAGAGUCAUCUCCAGCCUCACUGUGAUGUCCCUGGGUUGAAGAAACACAAGCUGGUGAAUCCCUCCAAGAACCUUCAGCAAAACAUGUGUUCUCAUCAUGAUGAGGUGAUGAAGAUCUUCUGUCGUACUGAUCAGCAGUCUAUCUGCUAUAACCUGUAA